CAGACGCUUUUGUCGUGUUCGCCCGUGGCCGCCGAUCGUGUCACCGCUGAUUGUGCGAGAGUAGUGCUAAAGUAGUUUGCGGUACUCGGGGGAGAGAAAGCCAUGGGGCUCGCGAGGGCGGCCGUCUUCGCCGGCUGUCUCCUUCUCUUCCUGGCGGUCGACGCCUCAGGCAAUAAAUGUACAGUCGGCUGCCAUGGAAUGCACGGAGGUAAAGCCUAUCAGGAAGGACACACAUAUAUAUACGAUUUGGAAGGAACGUCUGUGACAUCGGUCCCCGAUGCUCAGGGUGACGCUACCUUGAAGCUGAAAGGUACCGUUGAAUUGUCAGUGAAGCCUGACUGCAUUCGGCAGAUCCGAUUGAAGGGCGUAUCAAUCAAUGGAGCCCCAAUAUCGCUGCCAGAUGUUGAAAAGCACGCGCUGCAAUUCAACUAUCACGAUGGCCAUAUCGAUACGGAGGUCUGUAUCGAACCCGGUGACUCGCAGGCGUCUCUUAACAUCAAAAGAGCGGUCACUUCCUUAUUCCAAUCAGCUGUCAUACAAGAAUCUGGCUCUACAACUCAUCACGAGGUCGACGUGUUCGGCGGUUGUCCAACUGACUUCUCUUUCCAUAAAGACGGCGACUCGUUGGUUAUCCAUAAGGAGAGGGAUCUGAUCCGUUGCUCCUAUCGCGAGAGCAUCAGGCACGGUCCCGUGUCCGCGAUCUACGAUCAGAAAUCCGACAUCCAAUCGGCCCCGUUGCUGUCGUCGCAUCAGAAGAUCGAGCAACGUUUCAAGCGCGGUAUUCUCAACAAAGCGACCUCGGCCGAGACGUACAAGUUGAAACCCUGGAGCAACGGAGACAUAGGCGCCAAGACCAUCGUGCAGACCACUCUGACGCUCAAGGGUGAGAAGGGCGAUAGCCCGAACGCCCCGGUUUCCCAGCCGAGAUCCUUGAUCUUCGAAGCGCCGCAUCCCGUCGUCAAAUCGUCGCCCGACAGCAUCGCCGCGGCCGUAAAGGCAGCGAGCGCCGAAGAGCACGACGGCGUAAAGCACGACGCGGCGGAAAAGUUCGCGCAACUCGUCAAAGUCCUUCGUCUCAGCAGCAAGAACGACAUUCUCACGAUCUACCAGAAGGUGAAAAAUGGCAACGGCUUCGACAAAGUCCUGGACAAGAAGAUCUUCCUGGAUGCCCUCUUCCGCGCCGGAAGUGGUGAGGCAGCAGAGGUGAGCGUGGAUCUGUUAAAGAGUCACGAGCUUUCCGGGGUCCAGGAGCUUGUGUUCUACGCGAGUCUCGCUCUCGUGAAUCACGUGAACCUACCAUCGGUGACCGCUGUCACCUCACUUCUUGAUCAACAAAACUUACCGCGCCUCGGCUACCUUGGAGUCGGCCAGGUGAUCGGCAAGUACUGCCAAGAGCACCCUUGCGAGAACGUGGCCGAAGUCAAGCAGGCCGUCCACAAGAUCCGCGAGAAGGUCGGCAACGGGAAGGCGAAGACCAGAGAACAGGAGAAUCUCAUAGUCUCGGCUUUGAAGGCGCUGGGUAACACCAAGUACCUUGACGACGCCACUCUGCAGAAAGUGGUUGGCAUCGCCGAGGACAAGAACGUUCGCAAUCGAGUCAGGGUAGCCGCGAUCGAGGCUCUGCCUACCCGUUGCACCAUGAAAUGGAAAAAUGUCCUUCUGAAGGUCUUGGGCAAUCGCGAGGAAGACAGCGAGAUCAGAAUCAAGUCUUAUCUGGCUUUGGUCGCUUGUCCCUGCCCCCACGUCGCUGAAGGUCUCAAGGAGACUUUGGACAAGGAAACGGUCAAUCAAGUUGGAUCCUUCAUUCAGAGCCAUUUGCGUAAUCUGCGAGCGUCCGCUGAUCCGAGCAAAGCCGAGGCGAAAAGGCAUCUCGGCCAGAUCAAGCCACGAAACAAAUUCCCAGAGGACUUCCGCAAGUUUUCCUUCAACAAUGAACUAUCGUACAAUGUAGGCGGUAUUGGAGUCGGUUCCGCCGCGGAGAGCAAUGUCAUCUACAGCCAGAAUAGCUUCGUGCCACGCUCCCUCAAUCUAAACUUGACCACCGAGAUAUUCGGAAGAUCUUUCAACUUCUUGGAGCUUAAUACGCGAAUCGAGAAUCUCGACAGAUUGAUCGAACAUUACUUUGGACCCAAGGGUCGCUUCACGCAAGACGAAGCGGAAGAUUUGGUGGAAAAGGGAGUGGACAGGGCAGAGAAUGUCAUUAAUUACAUCAAAGAGAAGGUCGGCAAACUGCGUAGCAAGCGUGAAGUCAAGCAGGGAGAACUCGACAAAUUCGCCAAAGGUGUGAAAUUAAGGAACAAUGAGGUAGACCAGCAGCUCGACUUCGACCUGUCCGUCAAACUGUUCGGUGUCGAAUUGGCCUAUCUGACUUACGACGGCAAUCCCACGCAGGUCACGCCAGAGCACAUUAUCGACAAGGUGUUCGACAACCUUGAGGACGGAAUCAACAAGAUAAAGAAGUUUGAUUACAAUGUGCAAAAUCACAUGCAGUUCCUCGACGCAGAGGUCAUCUAUCCGACAAAUCUCGGUUUGGCUCUCUCUCUCGGCGUAAUCGGCACCAGCGUGGUCCAUAUAAAAACAUACGGCAGGGUCGAUGUUCCGGCUAUCAUAAAGAAUCCGAACAACGCCGAUGUACACUUUGGCUUGGAGCCCAGUGCCUCUAUUCGUAUUGCUGGUAACUUGGUCGUUAAAGGAUUCGAUGUGGAGUCCGGUAUGAAACUCAUCAGCACGUUACAUACCGACACGGCGUCCGACAUAACGGUGAAACUAUUGGACGGCAAGGGUGUCGACGUAGUUGUCGGUAUGCCGAAGAAGAAAGAGGAACUCAUAAGUAUUAGUAGCGAGAUUCUGUUGAGCUCCGGCGAUACAUAUAAAGCUGCCAAGUUCGGUAAGGGUAAGGUAUAUAAAGACUGCUUCGAGCAGCUGUCCAGUGUUCUGGGUAUAACAGUUUGCGGCCACGUAGAAUUCCCCGUUGAUAGCAUCGAGUCGGUGCAGAAGAGAGCAUUCUUCCCACUGAACGGCCCGUCGAAGUUCAGCAUUAGCCAUGAAAACAAUGACUUAUCCACUAUCCACCUCAAGAUCUACCACGACAAGACACCCAAGUCUAGAUCGUUUGAAAUCUUGUUGGAGACGCCAAACAGCAAAACUAACAGACGCGUGUCUUUCAUCGCUGAAGCCGCCGUCGAGCCUAACAAGCGCGCCAAACUAUCUUUCGAUUCUCCCUUCAAGAAAGCCUCUGUCGAAGCGGUAAUAAAAGAAGAACCUCAAGAACGCUCGCUUACAGUUACCGUGCACAAUGAUAAUCAGGAGUACUACGGGCGCGUCGGUCUUUUGGCCAGCGGUGCCAAGUAUAAGCCGAUCUUGGAGUACAAGGUACCGGAGCAUAUCGAGAAGUUGGCAGGUACCAAAUCCGGAUCGAAGACGUCCCGCGGCGGUCAGCAAUACGAGGUGCAAGGUACCGUAGAGGUGGUCGAUCAGGAUGGUGGCAAGAAAUACGUAUUCGACAAUGUAGCCCUCGUCGCGAGUGGUCAGAAGCUCGUCGGUCUCGACGGUUACGUUCACUCCGCGGAAAACGCCGCCAACUUGGACAUGAAGGUGAACUACGGCGAAGAAUCCGUCGCUCUCAAGUUGGACGCGAAGAAAAAAGAUGAUAGUUACUUCUCGAUCAGCGUCUCGGCGUUGCCAUCGAAGGAUCCCAAUAUCGGGUUCAAUAUCCAGUCCGAAAUCCACAGGGAACCGUACGCGUAUAAAUACAAUCUGGUCUUCGUUCACGGCCCGGAUCAGAACUCCAAGAUAAACCGUUUCACCCUCGAGCAUGAGGCUAUCGCCAAACCGAACCAGGACGGGCUGAACUUCAUCGUGGGUGGCUCCACCAAGAUCGCAUAUCCUGCCGUGAAGCUGAAAUUGGAGCUCGAAGGUAAGAUGAAACCUACAGAAGUAAAGGGCAAGAUCGGGAUCGUUUAUGACAAAUUCAAGUUCGGCUCGAAGCUGUCCGCCGAGCAGAACAAAGCCAAGGUAGGCGACUACGAGGUCGAAUUCGAAGCCGAGCUUUUGCAGAACAGCAUCAAAUUAGAGUCCAAGCGUACGAUUAUCGAUCCGCACAAGAGCAAAUAUAAGAACAAGCUCGAGCUUGUACCGGGAGGUAAAUACGAGGCCGAUGCACUGGUGACGUAUAAUCGGGACAAGAAUAACAAGAACGUGAACUUUGAGAUAGACAGUGACCUGAAGCUGGACGGCAAAAAGGCCAAAGUUUUCGGCAGUUUGAACGUCGAGCGUCCCAAUAGUGUUCAGUCACAGGCGUACGUCAUCGUCGGCGACGUCAAGUACGUUGACUUCCUAUUGAAGGCCCAGCAACUGGACGCGAAUCCUCAAGGCAGUCUGACUUUGAACGUGAAGAAUUAUUUGGAUGUCGCAGGACAGUUAUCGAUGCAGAAUGGCAAAGGCAAGGUACAUCUCAACAUUGACUUGCCGAAGAUCAGCCGGAAGAUCAAAGGAACCGGCGACUUGGCGAUAUCCGGCACACAGUACAACGGUGACUUUGAGCUUCUGCUCGACGCGGAGAAGGAUCCGAACAAGCGCAUCAAGCUAUCCACUGCGAACGACAUAAAGAAGAACGCCAUCGAUACGAAGAACGUGCUCGAGAUAAUGAGUCAUAAAUUCGAGCUGAACGGCAAGGGCAAGUUGGUUGGUACCACAAACGAAGGCGAGCUGACCGCCGAAGCGGACGUCACUCUGCCGAACGGUCGUCGUCUGGCUGGCAAUUUCAAGCGUACGUCCAAGAAGGAUAAUAACAACAAAUACAUUAUCGACAUAGCCGGCGAGUUAGAAGACCAGGAAUCUAAGGGCGGCAAAACGCGAAAGAUCACAGCUAGUCAAAAACUCCGCGACGUCGAUUUCAAAACCUACGCUUUCCAGGGCGAUGCCCAAUUGAAGGCCGUCAACUCCGAUGGCAACAGCGCAGAAGUCGAGUUGAAAGCCAAGAAUCUCCUCGACACCGACGGCCACAAAAAGGUGCAAGGGAUCAGCCUGAUUCUGUCGAGCUCGCGUUUGUCGCAACCGUUCAAUCUGGAAUUGGAAUUUAACGAGCGCGAUAAUGGCGAACUGUCCUUCAACGGUGCCUCUUCCUACGGCAAGGACUUCCAGCUGAAGAGUUCCGAAAACUUCGUUCCCGGCAACGAGAUUGACAAGCCCUGCACGAUCAAAGGCAACGCGGAGCUGAUACUGCCGUCGGAGAAAUUGCGUAACGUCAAGCUCGACUACGCGUACGAUUUGCUGAUCCAAUCCGAGACGGACGGUGUCUUCGAUCUGAAGGGAUCGACGGCGCUCACUUACAACGACGACAAAUCCGUCAAGAUCGAGGGCGCCUUCAAGAGCUCCGGAAUUAGCGACGGCGAGCAUCCCUACGAGAGCGAUCUGCAACUCGAUCUGGCCAUUCUCAAGAUCCCGCCUAUCGCUUUCCGCGAUCACGCCAAGUACGAACCCAGCGGCGACAAGGUGACGAUUACCAGCAACUCGAUCGUCAAAUUCGACCAGAAGGAGAUCACCCUCGCGCUCAACCCUCUCACGUUUAAUCGCGAUAUGACGUACAUCGACGUGAAGGCCAAGGCCACCACUCCGUACGAGAAGCUGAACAACAUCGACCUUGAACUCAAGCACGAGAGAGAACAGAGCGGACACGUAAGGAAAACCGACGCAGUCUUGCAGCUCAACGGUGCGAAGCACACCUUGCACAGUGAAAUUCGAGGCGGCAACCUCUCUCCGAUGGUAUACAUCACUGUUACUUGCCCAGACACCGAGGGACACGUGAAAUUCAACAAGCUUGGCGACCAGGAAUACAAAGGCGAAUGGAAGAUCAAGACGCCGAAAGGCUUCGUCACUGCCGACGGACACGUCAAGCUGCAGAGCAUCGACGAUUUCAUCAUUAGUUAUAAUUGGGACAGCGACAAGCUCAAGCACCGUAAGAUGCACGCCGAAAUCACUAACAGUCCCACCGCCAAGACUGGCAGGCGAAUAAUCAUCACCGUCACCAGCGACGGUAAAAACAUCGUGACCGGAAGCACGAACUACAAGAGGCGCGACGAGGCCGGCAAAAUCACCGUCGAGGGAAGUGGCAAUCUCAAGAUAGGCGAGGACACGAGGAGCUCCUCCUUCAAGUACACCCGCCAGCAAUUGACUCGCGAGAAGGACGGCGAAUCCGGCGUGCUAAUCGUCCUGAACGCCAAGUUCGAUCCGGCGGCUAUUGUGGGCGAGGUGAAGCUCUCGAACAAGGAGCUCCUCGUUUUCAAUAGCUAUUGCGAGCAGAGCAAGGAUUGCGCUCAUUUCAAGCUUCAAUCGAGCUACGACACCGACAACAAGAGCUAUAUGAAUCACGAUUUAACGGUGGAAGUAGACCUGAAGAAAUUCAACGUGCCAGCUGAAUUCGGAUUGAAGACAAGCACCGAAGCCAAAGGGUCCAGUCUCGAUCACUCUGCCAACUUGUACUUACACUCGUCGAAGGACAAGUCCCAGUAUGCUUAUAAACUCUACAUUCACCCCAAGGAAAGCGCUGCCAUUCUGACUUUGCCCAGUCGCGAACUGGCCAUUAUUAGCACAUUCGACUUGCCGAAGACGAAGCAAACCGGAGCGUUCAAGGUCGACGUCUCCGUUUACUUGGACAGGAAGAACAAACCGUCCGACAAGACUGCUCUAAUCGCCAGCGGUGACGUUAAUAUCGAGAAGAACAGCGGAUCUAUCAGCGGAGAGGUCAAAUUUGUAUAUCCAUCUCAGCCAAAGGAUAUGGCAGUGAAAGGUAAACUUCACUACGGCGGCGAACACCUGCUUGACGCGAACGUAGAUAUCGACGUCUUCGCCAAGAAAACGCAAAAGAUCAACGUGGUGGCAAAACUAAACCGGCAAAAUAUCAACAAGGGUCACAACGUCUCCAGCGUGAUCGAAGUGAGCAGUCGUGGACAACAACUCAAAGUCGACCUGAAAUCGCACGUAGCGAUUUCGGAAUACGAACUUGGUUUUGGCAGUAUACUGUCGUACACGGACGUGAAUCAGAAGCCGAAGAGUUUGGGCGUUACGUUCUCUGCGGAUCCCACGGAAAUGUAUCUUCUUGUAACUUCGCCUAAUAAAGAACUUCUUCAACUCAACUCAAAACUAAAAUUAAGCCAAAGCGUGCAGAAGUUCGACGCGGAAGUCGCGAUUCUGGGCAACAAACCUAUUGUAAUUAACUUCGAAGGGCAUGAUUGGAAUAGCUUCACUUAUACGGAAUACCAAGCAGAUCCCAAUGAGAAGUUCGUCGUGAACGGGCGCGUUGUGCUCGGACAACUGGCCGAAAUUCAUGCCGACGCUUUCAGGGAUGGAGUGAAGAAGGAUCUGUUCCACGCUUUGAUCCACCUUGAUGAAGAGAAGUUCCUCAAACCUGACUUCGGCUACAACAAGGACAACAUUGUCUACGCGCUCGAACAUUCUCGAGUGCGCGAGUCAUUGAAACAGCUCAAGGACGUCUCCAAUGAUAUAGUCAACGAAGCAGAAAAAGAAUUGACAGAUCUUGUAGAACAUUUGAAGAAGGCCCAGCCGAACCUCAAACCACUCUUGGACUAUUACGAAACCGAAUUGAACAAACUGAAGAAUGAGCUCAACGCUGACCAGACCAUCAAAGACAUACAAGCUACUUUGAACAAGUACUUCGGAGCUAUUAUCACGGCCAUCGCGGAUACCAUAAAGCAAGUAAACGCGCAAUUAAACGAACUUCGGAAAGAAUACGCUGAAGUACUCGCCAAGCUCGAAGACGUAUGGAAGAAGGUUUAUCCUCAGCUAAAAGAAUCCUACAACAAGAUAGCUAAUGCGUACAUAGAUGUCGUCGAUAGCAUCGCCAAUGUUUCGAUGGCCUACCUCAAGGCACUGCUCACCUUGAUUAAUGAACAUCAGAAGGAGCUGAAGGAAUUAGCGACAGUGGCUGCGGAGCUCAUUCAGGACGUUGCUAAGAUCGUAUUCAAAGCCGCCAUUCAGAUCAGGAAAGACGUUGAAGAAUUCGUCCUCAUGUUGAGAAAUCAAAUGCAAGCCUUACCAAUCUUCGACAUCGCAAAGGAGCAAUUCCAGGAUAUCGUGAACUUCCAAAUUCCGGAAGCCGUGUUGGCCUCCAUUCACGAACUCAGCGAGGUCAUAAAGGCCAUGCUACCGACUGACGAACUUCGACAGCUCUUCAGCGCUACUUAUGAAUACAUCAUAAAGCACGUCAAACACGAGAAAGUCGAUAAUACCAAUGAGAUCAAGAAGAUCUAUGAUCAUGCGGUCGAUGCCAUUGUGUCCCUCAUCAAGCUUCUGGAAUCUAGCGGCGCCUUGGACAACAUGUUAGAUAGCUUGUUUGAAGCUCAUCUUCCCGUGGAGCUUGAAAUGUUAGCGAAAUUGCCAACGAUCACCUCAAUCAAAGUAUCUCUCGUCAAUCUGAUACGUAAUAACGAAUUACCAUCGGCCGCGGAUCUCUACUACACCUACAGACCAACUCUGUUGCUUUCCGACAUCAUACCUCCCUUCAGCAAAUUCGGCGUCGUCGUCGACGGAGGACAUAUCUUCACCUUCGACGGCAAUCAUCUCAGUAUGCCCGGCGAUUGCACCUAUAUCUUGGCCCAGGACAUGCAGGACGGCAAUUUCUCCGUCGUCGCAAACUUCAACAAAGGGAAUCUCGUUGGCGUAACCGUUACGGAGCCUAAAGAGAGCAUCACACUGAAGAACAAUGGCAACAUCCUGGUGAACAGCAAACCGGCUGAUUUCCCAGCCAGCACGAAGAAUCUGCGCGCGUUCCUCGUUUACAGGACUAUGAACAUAAAGUCUAACUACGGUGUGCACGUCCUAUGCACUCGCAAGCAAUCUAUGCUUUGCACGGUCCGGGUGUCCGGCUUUUAUCACGGAAAAUUACGCGGUCUUCUCGGUGAUGGCAACAACGAAUAUUACGACGACUACACGUUGCCGUCUGGAAAGAUUACCGAGAGCGAGACUGAAUUUGCUAACGGAUACAAACUGAAGCCCGAUUGCGCGGCUGUGAACGCGAUCGAUCACAAGGCGAAGCAACGUAAUCCAGUCUGCACUGACUACUUCUCCGGCCAGAAGUCUCCGUUGAAAAAGUGCUUCAACUACGUUCAUCCGAGUCAUUACCGAGAUGCCUGCGACGCUGCGGCUAACGGAAAUCCGGAAGCUCCUUGCUUGCUCGCCACCGCUUAUUACGCCAGUUGCUAUUAUAAGCGUGUUUCCGGAAUAAGCAUUCCAUCCAUUUGCACAACCUGCAAAGUUGGCGAGAACACAAUUGCCGUUGGUGAUACCUUCAGCGUUAAAACCCCGAAGAAUCAAGCCGACAUUGUUUUGGUAAUCGAACAAGUUGAGGAGAAUGAGAAAGUUUUUAAAGAUCUGAUUCCAUCACUGAUAACCGAUCUAAGAGAAGAACUGAAACAACACGGCAUAACGGAUGUUCACAUCGGCUUGAUCGGUUACGCCGAGCACAUGAAAUGGCCGCAACAUUACACCACCGGCGGUAGUACCAACAUUGAGGGCGAGGUGAAGAACAUGAAAUUUGAGAAGCCAGAAGAGCCGAUUAUUACUUUGGAGGAGGCCAAGAAAGGUGAUAUCGAGAAGAAAGUGAAGUACCUCGAGCAAAGACUAGACCUGGAGCUUGGCACCUUCAAAUUGACCGACGCCUACGAGGAAGCCAUUAACUAUCCCUUCAGACCUGGCGCGGUCAAAGCUGUCGUCUCAGUCCUCGCUACCCCCUGCGAGAAGAGUCCACUGCCAAUAUCGUUGCAACAAUUGAGGAUUAUAAUUGGACAGAAGGUGUACCGAGAUUUGGGUCUGACUUACUAUCACAUAUACUAUACCAAUGACAUCCAGGUCUCCGGCAAAGCGCAAAAGAGUAUUGUCGGUUACGAUAGCGACAGCGUAUAUGUAUUCGGCGACAACAAGAAGAAGCCACUGAGCGGAAACACCGAGCUUAGAAACAACAUGGUUCUCCCUACGGUUGACGUGUGUGCCGACUUUGCUAUCGCGUCUGGCGGAGCGGCGUUCAGUUCCAGCAAUUUGGUGGACGCUAAACCGAAUCAGAAGAGGCAGUUCUCUCAAGUUACCGCUAGAAAGAUCGUCGAGGACCUCACGAGUGUCGAAAUUGAACAAGAUUGCGUUUGCAACCAAUUUCACGGAAUUGAACAGCCUCGUUGUAAGAUCGUGGGACGCAAGGAGAAGGAACAACUUGCGAGACACACGAAAGGAGGAGUGAAGGGUUGAAGGAGCCACAGUACUACGCAUACUAUUAUUACUAAUUAAUUUAGACGUAAUCUAUUUGUUAUUUUGUUACAAUAUCGUAAAAGCUCUUUUUGAUAGAGUGAUAAGUGAUAUAAUUGCAUCAUUCGGUCGGUAUCGCCGAUCCUCCACAGAUCGAAAAGAAUAUCGGGGGCAAGACUCAAAUUGUGCCUCAUGACAACUUCCUUCGUUUUCUAGGUCUAACAUAAACAUAUGCAAAUUAAUGCAAUUGGUGUACCAUUUAUCGAUGUACCAGCGAUGUUUUACAGAGAGAAAUAAACAUUGAACAUACUGCUGUUCGUGUGUAAUUGAAAA